ACGGGCGGCAGUGGUGAUGGUGGUGGCGCGGCACCUGUGCUCGGUGGGGGAGGCCGCGUGCUCUGCAUGGAUGGCGGUGGCAUUCGGGGCCUGGUGCUCGCUCGCAUCCUUGAUUUCCUCUGGCGAAAGAACAAUCGCCGGAGCCUGGCUGAGCUCUUUGACUGGGUGGCCGGCACCAGCACCGGCGGCAUCCUGGCAAUCGCCAUAGUCCUCGGAUUUCAACCACCGCAAAUAAUAGGGACGUACUUACAAUUGAAGGACAAAGUGUUCCGAGGAGCCAAGCCACAUUCCACCAUAAAGCUGAAAGAGGCCAUGAAAAGUGUAUUUAAGAACGUUAAUCUUGGAUCCACCACACACCCAAGGUAUCAGCAUCUCAACUAACCUCACGCAUCAUUACGCGUCAUCAUAAACACCUAAUUCGAGACUCAAAUAUCGCACCACCUCCUGGCUUUUACAUUGCUCCUCGAAGACACUGUUGGUGUAACAAUCAACCGCAUCAAAACAUAAACAGACCAAUGCGCACCAUA